ACACACACUUACAUGGUGCUAGCACUACAAAGCUUGACCUAGCACUGAAAUGAAGGAUGUAGUCUUUCUUAGCUCUCAUAACAAACGGAGAACAGAAAUAUGAUGUGACGAUGUUUGAUUUUAACUUUUGAAUAAAAAAAAGAGCAUCGGAAGUGUUACACCGUUUUCAGCAACAUCAGAGAAAGAAAACUAGACAAAUGGAGGCCAGCGCAAUAUCUCCAAAUACCCCUAAUUUCAUUGUAGAAGAUGCGUUGACGUCCCAGGUGCAAGAGAUCAUCGAUGGGAUCAAUCUCGAGGCCUCUAAGGUCCCGGAGGAGCCUGAGGAACAAGAUGUGUGGUCACUAGAAGAGGGAGACGACUCUGUGUUCUACAGCGACGAGGAACAGCCUCAUCCGGAGGGAAAAGAUAACACACCGUGGGAGUUUGGUUCCAGCAAGUGCAAAAAACUUUACUGCAGUGUGGCAUCUGCUGAACCGCAGCAGGAGGAGGACAAUCCUGGAGCAGAAGUCAUUACUGACAAAGAAAAUUCAGAGAUGGAGAAGGAAACAACCCAGCAGGGAAUCUGGACUGAAGAGGAAUGCCAAAUGCCGCAGGCAGCAAAAACUGAACAAAUGUACGCGUCAGACCAUGGAGAAGGAGGUGCAGAGUCUGAUCUAACUCCUAUAAACUCUGUGAGAGCUUGUGGUGAAUUUCUGCAACCCAACUGCAGUAUGGCAGACCUGCAAACACAACCUGAGCUAAACACACCAUCAGAAAAAGUGAAGAGACGAGUUGAGGGUGAGGAGGGGACGCUAGAGGCUCAGACGGCCUUUGAUGCGUUUUAUAAGGAGAGCUGCACAGGACUGAAGAGGGAAGAUGUGCCAAAACAGCUUUCUAGCACUGACCUCCAGAUAUCGGGCGACAGGCCGCUUGAGGUGAACCGAGAAACCGAACACAACUUUCACAUCCAGGCUGGCUUUCAUCAAAACACCAGUCCAGGUUACUCCACCCUGCCUCUGAUGAAAAGCACAGACGUCCAGAAAUCCUUCAACCACCUCACCUCCUCCAAGUACAGCACAGUGUCCUACCGCAAGAUCCGCAGAGGAAACACACGCCAGAAGGUAGAGGAUUUUGAGCACAUGAUAAUGAAUCUGUAAGACUUUGGUUCCCGUCUUUAGGGACACCGCCAGAACACUUAAUAUGAUGCACAGUUUACACAUUUCAUCUAAAAUCUCUGAA